AUGACCGCUCAUGGCGACAAGAAAGCGGCGUACCCGUCCCCCAGCCAAGAACACACUAUCGAACCAAAAGCCGAACGGUUCCAAAACGAAAAUCCAAGCAAAACACCGAAGCCUGCACCUCGAGUACCGCAGCUGAAAGCUCCCCAUGUUGAACAAAUCACAAGUUCCUGCCAAAUGUAUCCACUCCUCCACCCGGCCAUCGCAAAUGCACUAGCCGAACACCAGAGAUUCCAUUUCCACAACAUAAACAGCGAAAAGGGAUUCAUCAACUACUACUCAACCAACAUUACCGGCAAGAUUACGUGUGUAAACAAGUUAUGCACCCGAGGUACCUGGGGCACCGGCAGAGUCGCAAUAAGGAUCAGGAAAUAUCCAAACGAUCGGUACAACGCCGCAGUGUAUAACCAAGGGUGUCAAAAGUGCAAGAAACUGGGAAGAUUGUUCGUAGAUGAGCAAACAUAUAUUGAGCGGGUUUCGUAUAGAUUGAAGAAGUGGACGGGUGUUGAUGAGGAACCUCCGGAGUAUAGGGAGAAAGGGACGCCGCCACAUAGAGAGGAUCUUUGCGAAGGUUGUAAGGCGGGGAUUUGUAUGAAGGGGGUGAAGAGGAACUACUGGGAAGAUUUGGAUGGCUUUUGA